AUGUCAUUCUUUGGUUUUGAUCCCACGGGACAUAACAAAGCCGCACCUGGCUUCUCUCAGGCGCACGAUCCUUUCGCCGGACUCUCUGGUCACCACGAAGGUGACGGAGACGCUGUCGAUUUCGAAGACACUUACGAUGGCCUGGGCGACCAGCUCGAUGAAACCGGCGAUGACUUCAACGAUGAUACCUUCGGAGGCGACGCCGGUGCAGGAGGUGGGGCGGUUGGCAAGGAUUUCGAUUUCUUUGGUCGGACCGCUCAGGUAGCCAACGCCAUCGAGGAAGAGCACAUGCUCUAUACCCGCAACAAUGCGACUGCUGCAGCCCCACCCGCUCAUACAAACCCUCAGUAUGCACCAUCUUACAACAACUACGCGCAGCCUUCUUACCGGCCUGCACGUACGGGAUAUGAGAAAUACGAUGCGCCGGACUCGAGCAUGGAUCUCCAAGUCGACCCUACCCUGUGGGGUGUAGCUCCUGCUGAGCAGCCUGCCCCUGCCGCUCCAGCUCAGCCCUCCCCAGCGCCCGCGCCAGCAUCUGGCCGUAAGGUCAUGAGCCUGGAGGAGGUCGAGGCUGCGAUGAGAGCUGAAGCCCAAGCGAGGAAGCAAGCCCAGGUCGAUGCCGCCGCAGCAGCUCAGGCUACCUUCCAGCAACCGGCUUCGCAGCAGCAGCAACAUGUGCCCCAAGUUCCGGGUGGUUUUGACCAAGCUGACUUCUACGGUGGAUCUAAACGUGCUGGACAACCUCCUAUUUCAACUGACGCUCAGCGUCCCAACGAGGCGGCACAAUUUCAUUCGCAUGGCCAACCAGUGCAGAUACUCCAGCGCCCUCGUUCGAAGCCCCAGCAACCACAGCCUACCGUGCCAGCUUCUUCAAGCCCCAUGGUUCAGCAGCGGCAGCCGGCACCCCAGCCUACCCAGAUUCUGCAGAAUCCAAACCGCUUGUCCGGCGACGCUACUCGGGCGGGAGCACCGUCCUACCCGUCUCAUGCUACACACCAGUCACAAGGGUCUAUUGGUCGCCAGCCGCCAAUAAUUACCCAUCCUUCGCAACUGGCCCAGCUCUCGGAGGACGAAAAGGCGGCCUAUCUCGAGCAGGAGGCACGCCGAGCCAAGCGCAACCACAAGAUCUACCUAUUGUCUCGCGAUAACGGUAUCAUGACCCCGCACGACAAGAACUUCAUCACACGCAUACAGCUCCAACAGCUUGUUGCUGCUACGGGCAACCCGUCCGACAACGGUACCGAUGAGGCUCUCGCGGAAGAUUUCUACUACCAAGUUCACAACCAGAUCCGCGGUGGCCAACGCCAGAACCCCAGCCAGCCUCUGAGCAACUUCGCGCAGACGUAUUUGUAUCAGACGGGCAACCGUCAAGGCGGUCACCGACGUCACCGUGGUGGACCGGAAAACCACAUGCAGCGCAUGGAGCAGCAAGUUCAGCGGGCUGUAGAGGCGGCCAAGAACAAGCCCAAGAACUCGCAACUGGUGAUCGAGGGCAGUCUAGGCAAGAUCUCUUUCAGCAACGCCAAGACCCCAAAGCCUUUGCUCAACAUCAAGCGUACCGAGAGUGGCGGCGAUGUUCAUCGUCAGGGCACACCACACAAAACCCACCCCGCUGGUUCAAUUCUUAACAGGAAGAACUUGCUCGCAGACAUUGAGAAGGUCUACAACACUCUAAUGAAGCUCGAGGAUCACGGGCGCAAGAUGCCGCCUCCAGCGACGAGCGAGAAUGAUUCGGAGCUCGUUCAGAAGUUCGCUGAGUGGGAGCAAACAACACAGCAGCUCAACCAGCAGCUUUGGCGAGAGCUCAAGAUCCAUGAACCCGUACCCGCAGGGGCCUUCGUUCAUCCUUUUAUCGCAAUGCUCGAGACUGCGAAGGGCAAGAAGGCCAUUCCACGUGUCUUUCGCCAUGUGAACUUUGAGCAGCGCACGACGAUUCUCACAUUGAUCGUCGUCAAUCUCGACAAGCUUGACGUCGUCCGGAGGGGCUCGGUUACCGAUGGUCACAUUAACCUCGAUGCCAAGUUGCGUGAAGACAUCGAGCUCUUCAGCGUGGCAGUACAUAACACGCUCUUCAUGUUCAUGGGUGAGCUCGAAUUGAACAUCAUCACCGGCAUUCUCGGUCUGCUCUGUUCCGAGGUCAAUGUGGACCUUGUUGCCAGAACCCGCGUUGGCGCCGGUUUCUUGACCAUGAUUCUGAGCCGCGCCGAGAUUAUGAUCCAGCAGCAGGGAGGCAAAGACGCCAUCCGGACCCAAGAUGGGGGUGCAUGGGAGCGGAAUUACGCAAAUCUUUUUAACAUCUUGGAGCCCACUCUUCCAUACAUGUUCCCUGGCACACCUGUGUCCGGCGAGGAUGCCUACGUGUGGCAGCUUCUCGCAGCCCUGGGCAUAGGUGCCAAUGCUGAUCAGCAGCAGCGGUUGGUUGUAGGAGUCAAGGACCGCGUGCUUGGGACCGUCGAGGUUGCCAAGACUCUGCCUCAGGAUCUGGCAGUGCAGCGCCUCAACAACGUGAACUUGUUCAUGCAGGCCAUCGGUCUCGAUGUGUCAUUGCUGGGUUGA